UAUUUAUCUAGAGAAUGAUGUAAGUGAGUUCCAAUACUUUUGUCAACCAAACAAUUAUAUAGUUAUCUACUUCUCGAUACUUUUUUGUUUCUUAAAUUUUUUUAUGUCAACCAAACAAACACCUAAACUAAAGGUAUGUGAUUCUCAAAAUCUAGCCUCUACACCAUUGAUUCUAGAGAUUGCCAUCAACUUUAUUUUCUUUGUAUCCACUAAAAUAAUAAUAAAAAAUUUACACCCACUAAUAUGGUGUAUUAUUCUGCCAUUGCACUUAAGUUUGACAAAAAUAGAAGGUGGUAAUUCUAAGUUCUAAUGGUAAAAAAAACCAACAGAUCCUGUUUUUUUAAUGUCUGAAAUCUGCAUAUUCAAAGUCUCUGUCUUUAUUCCAACAAGAGCAAAAUCACUUUCAUCAAUCAUCCCUUAAUUACAUGAUUUCAUCCAAAUCUAGCUGUCUUUUCUCACACACACACACAAUAACACACCUAUAAAUUGAAAAUGACAUAAAUUUGGCAUAGUAGUAAGUCUAGUAACUAGUAAUAGUAGUAGUAGUACACUGUAAAAUCUACCUUAACGCGUUUUCUUUCACCUUCCCCAACACAAGUUUAUCAGAAAUUCAGGAUACCACAAGUUCAAAAAAAAACUCCUUUAAAAAGCUAGUUGCUUUAUUAGCUAGUACUUCUACAUGUUAAAUGUGUACUUUUGGAACUGAUUUUUUUCACUUCCAGUUUCAUAUAUCAUUGAAAUUUCAUACAGAAUAAACAUGAAGUUAAGCUUAAUGUCAAUACAUUGCUUGUUUUUGGCAUUGUUUAUGAAAUUAGCAGUUGGGUAUGGCAGUAAUGUUUCAUAUGAUAGCCGUUCUUUCAUAAUUGAUGGCCAAAGAAAGCUUCUUAUUUCUGCUGCUGUUCAUUACCCUCGCAGUGUUCCUGCUAUGUGGCCAGGUUUAGUUCAACUGGCAAAGGAAGGUGGUGCAAAUGUUAUUGAAUCAUAUGUAUUUUGGAAUGGUCAUGAAUUAUCUCCAGACAAUUACUAUUUUGAGGGACGGUAUGAUCUAGUCAAGUUUGUGAAGAUCGUGCAGCAGGCUGGGAUGUAUAUGAUGCUCCGUAUAGGACCUUUUGUUGCGGCAGAGUGGAAUUUCGGAGGGGUUCCUGUUUGGCUGCACUAUGUGCCUGGAACUGUAUUUAGAACUGACAACGAGCCAUGGAAGUACUACAUGGAGAAGUUUACGACAUACAUAGUGAAACUGAUGAAGAAGGAGAAGCUUUUUGCAUCACAAGGAGGUCCAAUCAUCAUGGCUCAGAUUGAAAAUGAAUAUGGGUAUUAUGAACAAUCAUAUGGAGAUGGAGGGAAAAGAUAUGCCAUGUGGGCUGCUAAAAUGGCUGUUUCUCAGAAAAUUGGUGUACCUUGGAUAAUGUGCCAGCAGUGGGAUGCACCUGAUCCUGUGAUAAAUACUUGUAAUGGAUUCUACUGUGAUGACUUUACUCCAAUUUCUUCCAAUAGCCCGAAGAUUUGGACAGAGAACUGGCCUGGAUGGUUCAAAACAUUUGGCUCCAUGGACCCUCACAGGCCUGUUGAAGAUGUUGCUUAUGCUGUUACUCGCUUUUUUGAGAAUGGUGGCAGUGUACACAAUUAUUACAUGUAUCAUGGUGGGACAAAUUUUGGUCGCACUGCAGGUGGGCCAUUUAUUACAACAAGUUACGAUUAUGAUGCACCAAUUGAUGAAUAUGGCUUACCUAGGUUUCCCAAGUGGGGACAUCUCAAGGAACUACAUGGAGCAUUUAAGUUGUGUGAGAAUGCACUGCUUUUUGGAGAGAGGACUAAUUUGUCUCUUGGUCCUCUGCAAGAGGCCAGUGUAUAUACAGAAUCUACUGGAGUUUGUGCAGCCUUCCUUGCCAAUAUGGACAACAAAACUGAUACGGUAGUGAAAUUCAGAAAUAUGACAUACCAUCUACCUGCAUGGUCAGUCAGCAUCCUGCCAGACUGCAAAAAUGUAGUAUACAACACUGCCAAGGUUGGAUCCCAGGCUUCUGUAGUUGAUAUGGUGCCAGAGGAUCUCCGACCAUCAGUGGUGUCACCUAAGAAAGACUUGAAAGCUCUCCAGUGGGAAGUGUUUGUAGAAAAACCCGGAAUAUGGGAAAAACCAGAAUUCAGUAAGACUGGCUUUGUUGAUCAUAUAAAUACAACAAAAGACACAACUGACUAUCUCUGGGUCACAACAAGCCUGUAUGUUGACGGUGAUGAAAUGUUCUUGAAAAAAGGCAUCCCCCCAAUACUAUCAGUGAAAUCAAAGGGCCAUGCUCUUCAUGUUUUUGUGAAUCAAGAACUUCAAGGUAGUGCAUCUGGGAACGGAACAAUUUUUCCUUUUGCAUCUGAAAUUCCCAUUUCUCUAAAGGCGGGAAAGAAUGAAAUUGCACUUCUUAGCAUGACUGUCGGGCUGCAAACUGCAGGGCCUCAGUACGAAUGGAUAGGAGCAGGCCUAACAAGUGUUGAGAUCAAAGGUCUUAACAACGGGAAUGUGAAUUUGUCUAAAUUCACUUGGACCUACAAGAUUGGAUUACUGGGAGAGCACUUGAAUAUAUACAAAGGUGAUGGUUUGAAAAGUAAAAACUGGGUCUUAACCACUGAACCACCCAAGAGAAAACCGCUUACAUGGUACAAGGCUUUGGUGGACCCUCCCUCUGGGAAUGAGCCUGUAGGGCUAGACAUGAUCCAUAUGGGGAAGGGAUUAGCUUGGUUGAAUGGAGAAGAAAUAGGAAGAUAUUGGCCUCGAAAAAGUUCCAAGCAUGAUGCUUGUGUUGAUCAUUGUGACUACCGAGGCAAAUUUUCUCCCAACAAGUGCAGCACAGGAUGUGGGGAACCAACUCAGAGAUGGUAUCAUGUCCCACGGUCUUGGUUUAAGUCAUCAGGCAACGAACUGGUCAUCUUUGAAGAAACAGGUGGAGAUCCAACUCAGAUUAGAUUCUCCAAGAGGAAAACCUCUGGUGUUUGUAGUCUCAUGUCUGAGGAUCAUCCGUCUAUCUCUGUUGAAUCCUGGACCACUGCUACAAAAGACACUAACGACAAGAAAGCAACUGCACAGCUAAGAUGCCCUAGUAAUACUCGCGUUUCUGCUAUCAAGUUCGCCAGUUUUGGGAAUCCUAUGGGAGCUUGUGGAUCCUACAGCCACGGAGAUUGCCAUGAUCCAGAGUCUGCUUCUGUGGUGGAAAAAAUGUGCUUGAAUAGAAGUGAGUGUAGCAUCGAAUUGAGCAAAGAAAAUUUCAAUUUCGGUUCAUGUCCGGGAAAAAUUAAAAGACUAGCUGUUGAAGCAGUUUGCAGCUGAAAUGGCAUUAUAAUACAGAUUGAUAGUUGAGUAAUAUACUCCUAGAGUUUUGUAUUAGUAAGAGAAUACUCUUAUAUUGUGCAUCAAGUUUGAGUCAUCAUAUACAACAACAACGUCAGAACCUUAAUCCCAUUACAGUGAGGUCCGUUUGAGAAGAUUAUUUAUCUUACGAAGAAAAAGAUAUACCUCCUUUUUCAGCAAUUCAGAAGAUGUUUUCGCACCAGAAAAUUGAGGGGGAGAAAUAGGGAAGGAUAGAGGAAAAUAAAUAGUGAGGCAUUUAGUAUACAUUGUAAUACCAACUCAUGAAAUACUAAUCAUUCAAUAUAUUGCUCCAUUUAGAGAUA